AUGCUGAGCACCUCGACGACCAACGGCCACCCCUUGUUUGCGUUCGGUGGGGGGAAUGGGCCUUCUGUUCAAGACGGCGGAGAUUCGACGGGCGCCUACGACUUUUUGCCCUCUGUGAGCUUUGACGAUCUCCAGAGCAGCCUCGAGUCCGCGUCCACCGACUUCAAGCUGACCCAGUUCCCAUCACCCACCGGCCAGGGCAGCAUCCUCGAGUCGGGCACCAUGACUGAAAAACCACCCACCGCUCUUCCCAGUGCCAGCACGCCCCGAGCCGCUGGAAACGCGCCCCCCGUCUCGCGCCCGGGGCGGUCCGGCUCCAUACUCAGGCGACCCAGCACGUCGACCCGACAGACGAGCAUUUCAUCCACCAUGUCGGCCUCGUCUGGUGGUGGUGGUGGCGAGUCAGCCAGGCAGAGAAAAAGGGAAUAG